AUGUCAGUCAAGGCAGACGCUACUGAGCAGGUGCGAUUCCUGGUGCACUGCAUCGGAAACGCCCAGAAUGGACGACCUGAUUUCAACGCCGUAGCUACUGAGAUGGGCAUCGUCUCCAAGGCCGCAGCCCAAAAACGCUAUGAGAGACUGCUCAAGCAGUACAACAUCACCCGCAAGCCAAACCAGGCAUCUGCUACCACUAAUGGUGACAGCGAGUCUACUCCCAAGAAGACCAGUCCCAAGAAGCGAGCUGCUCCCGCUGCGGUCAACGGCAGCCCUACCAAGAAGCGCGCCGGCCGCGGUGUCAAGAAGGAGGAGACUGACGAGGACGAGGACAAGCCUCCCAAGACUCGAUCUCCCCGCGCCGCCGCCGCCCAAAAGGCCGAGGCUGCUUCUGGUGACUCCUCCGAGGAGAAGCCCGUCAAGGACGAGCGUGAGGAAUCUCCCCUCUCUGAUCCACCCACUGACAAUGAGUGA